CCUGACGAACAGUAUGAGAUAAUCUCACAGCGCGAGACAUUCGUUCCCAGUGUAUCUAACACAUAAAAGACGCGGCGUUAGUUGUUGAACAUGAACCUCUCGCUGCGUCAUUUUUAUUUAAUAUCUUCUAAUUCAUCUUUUUAGUUGUAUUAAUAUUUUUUGCCCACGCAAAUUUGUGACAAAAAGAGAGAAAGAGAAAGAGUAAACUGUACCGUUUAAUAAAAUCAUUCCAAUGUUAUAAAAUCGAUCAAACGAUAAAUUUUGUGUAAAGAAAAAAGGUUCUCGUAUUCUCAAGACAAGGGUCCAGUCCAGCAACUGAUAAGAGAAUUCUUUGUGAAAAUCAACCGCAAUUGCUGGUUAUAAUGACAACUGACUAAUUACCUGCAAAAUGUUUUAUUCUGAAGUAUAUAUAAAAAAUUCAUGAGGAUGUGGUUUAUAAAUAUUAUGAUUGUGAAGUAAAAUCUUCACAUCAGCAUCGCACGAUAAAAACAUCACCGCUUGUCAGACUAGCCAGAACUCUACAUUGCUGCAAAAAUGGGAAAAAUAUACGAACGUCGCCUAAAGCGGCCAAUACCAAACAUAUCUCUCUCAGAACUCAUCCUCACCAAGUUGAAGCAGAACACCAAUCGUGUUUAUAUAAUAGAUGGACCAACAGGCAAUCGGAUGACAUUCGGUGACCUACUCGAGAAAAGCGUGAAGUUAGCAAAUUUUUUCCAAAAAUUUGGAAUAAAAAUGGGAGACGUAAUUGGUAUCGCAACUGAAAAUCGAAUGAAUUGGAUAAUACCAGCUUGCGCCAGCUUGUAUCUCGGUGCUGUACUAGCACCUUAUAAUCCUAUGUACACGGAAUAUGAAUACCAGCACAUAUUAAACAUCGCAAAACCGCGUAUUGUUUUCGUAUCUAAGCGCACUGAAAACCUCUUCGUCAAACUCCAACCAAAGUUAUCCUGGAAAAUGGAAAUAAUACAGUUGGACGAUCAACCGCUCACGGCAAACGUCCGUACGUUGACGAAUGUUUUAAAAAGCGAACCACGUGUAGAUUACAUGAGAUACAAAUGCACCGAUAUCGACAAUAUCAAGCAUCAUCCGGCGGUCGUCCUCUGUUCGAGCGGAACUACGGGGUUGCCGAAAGGAGUCGCGCUGUCUCAUAGAAAUUUAGUAGCAUUUAUGUCGAAAUUUGUGCAACCCGAAUACAUGAACUUCAAAGAUGAUGACAGAAUAUUAUUGACGCUGCCGUUUUAUCAUGGCUAUUCAAUGGCCAUAUUGUUACUCGGCAUUUAUUCGAACAGCAUCAUAAUCAUAAUGCCUGCCUUCGAGCCGAAACUCUUUCUAAGUCUGGUACAGGAGCAUAAGGUCACCCAUCUGCCGAUCGUGCCGCCGAUUCUUACGUUUUUGGCGAAAUACCCGAUGGUGGAAAGGUACGACUUUCGCAGCGUGAGAGAAUUCAUAUGCGGAGCGGCGCCGCUUGCGAAGGACAUUGCGGCUACGGUAAAAGUUCGCAUCGGUGCGAAAUGUAUUCGCAAUGGCUACGGCAUGACGGAGUUGUCGGUAGUGACCGGUCUAACCGCUCGCGACGACAACGAUGACGAAAUGUACGAGAAUCCAAGUACCGGACGACUCCUGCCUGGUUUUCUCAGUAAAGUGGUUGACGUCGAGACGCAAGAGACGCUAGAGGCUGGUCAGACAGGCGAGAUCUGCUACAUGGGGGACCAAGUGAUGCUGGGUUACUGGAACAACCCGGAGGCAACCAGACAGACCAUCGACUACGACGGAUGGCUUCACACCGGAGACAUCGGUUACUUCGACGACAAGGAAAGGUUGCACGUGGUCGAUCGCGUCAAAGAGCUGAUCAAGUACAAAGGCUAUCAGGUCUCGCCGUCGGAGAUAGAGACCAUUCUACUAUCGCAUCACGAUAUAAAAGACGCCGCGGUCACUGCUAAACCUGAUGAACGCUGCGGAGAGGUCCCCGUGGCUUUUGUAGUGAAGGUAGCCGGCGCUAAGAUCACCGCCCAAGAGGUGCAGGAGUUUAUCAAACAGAAACUGUCGCAGCAAAAAUGGCUGCAUGGCGGGGUGCAAUUUGUCGAUGCCAUACCGAAGAGUCCUUCCGGCAAGAUUUUACGCCGCGAACUUAAAGCAAUGACCUCUAAACUGUAAUAGUAAAAAUCGCGAAUGCCGAUCUAUCUAAAACAAAUAAAAUCUUUGAUAAAAACAAAAAAACAAUUCAAUAAAGUAUAAUAAUUUACAAUA